UGAACAGGCAGGUAUGCACUGGAGAUUAAAAAGCUGACCAACUGAUGCUACCAAUAGCUAAAAUCUCCAAUCCACUCUCAACCCAAAACGUGUAAAGGCAUUUGUACAGAUCUUGAGAACUCGAAGAUGUGAGAGAUGUUGCAACAAAUGUUACCAGGGAGAAAGAUACUUGGACUAAUUCAUCUCCCCAGAAUUUAAUAUUUUUUAAGGAGGGGAGAGAAAUUAUUAUGCUGGGGUGGGGAAUUUUUGUUUGCAAUUUGCUUUUUGCAUUUUUCUUUGCACGGACCACCUUAAACGCCUGCAGUGUGACUCAGCUCCCCACCCUCAGAGGGAGCCAGCACCAGGGUGGGGAAGUGCUUUGUAGGCAUUGACUGUGCACUGUCGCCAUUGCUCGCUGCCGCGGCUGUGUUUGUUGUAAUUUGGUUUUUGGGGAGGUGGGGGUGGUGGAGCCGGGCAGUUGCAUUGGAGUUUUAUUUGAAGGGGAGGGGGGGUUGUUUAAUUUGUCUUGGAAGCCCCCGUCACCACCCCCCCCCCCAUAAAGUGCGACUCCCCCACCCACAGCGCCUUGCCCUGUACUCCGUGCCCCAGGCUCGGGAACAGUGCAGCCGGCCCCGAUUCCCCACUCUGAAGCCGAGAGUCGCAAGCAGCGCCAGUCUGUCCGGCCACCAGCUCUAUAUCCAGGGUCUUUGAGGUGGAGAAAAGGGGGCUAUGACGACCUCACAGCCCUCCACCCUGGGUGAGCUACAGCUCUACCGGGUCCUGCAACGGGCAAAUCUUCUCAUGUACUACGAUGCUUUCAUCCAGCAAGGCGGGGAUGAUGUCCAGCAGCUGUGCGAUGCUGCCGAGGAGGAAUUUCUGGAGAUCAUGGCCCUGGUGGGGAUGUCGAGUAAGCCGCUCCACGUCCGCCGCCUUCAAAAGGCUCUACAGGAGUGGAUCACCAACCCCACUGCCUUCAACCAGCCCCUCACAAAGCUGCCGGCGAGCAGCAUCCCCAUCGCCAAGAUCUCGGAACUCAACACAGCGACCAGCAGCCCCAACUCGGCCGGCACAGCCCAGGGCUUGGUCUCGGGGCAGGAGGUCACCAACAACCACGCCGGGUCACGGGAGACCUCAUCUCAGACAGAGGGGGCGGCGGCUGGCGGCGUGGGCGGGCACCCCAUGCCCAGCAUCUCCCAUGUGAUGACGGUGCCCAAGGAGGAGCCCCAUUCGCCUCCCAAGGAUGGCGGGCCCUCGCUGCCCCUGACCCCGGACGUGGUGCAGAUCAUUGCAGCCUGCGCCGAGCGGCUCAUCCACACCGUGCCCAGGAUGGAGCCCAAAGAGCUCGAGUGCAUCUUCAUCAGCAACAAGAAGAUGGCCAAGUCGCUGGGCCAUAUCUUCGAGAUGAGUGAUCAGGAGCCCCAACGGGAGGAAGAGAUCCGCAAAUUCAGCGCCAUCUACGGGCGGUUCGACUCCAAACGCAAAGACGGGAAGAAUCUGACGUUGCACGAGAUCAGCUGCGCUGUGCCUCCUACCCCUAUAUCAUCCCAGCUUUCAGAGGUAAUGGUCAAUGAAGCGGCUGCCCAGCUCUGCCUGAUCGACACCACCCUGCUUGCCAGACGCGAUGAACUUUUCCCGCUAGCCCGACAAGUGGUCCGAGACUCCGGGUACAAAUACAGUCACAGGUAUUCCAGAUCCAAGUUUGCAGAUGCACCAAUUCCAAAAAGGCCAAGGCUGGAUCCCAAUGGACAGUUCCUGCGUGACGAAGUUCACACACGCACUGUGCAAGCGGAACUGAUGAAGCUGAAGAGACAGGAACGACUGCUUGAGAUUCAGGCCAUACUGGCUGGCAUUUACCAGAAACAGGAAACUCUGAAAUCCAAGAUUAUCCAGGAGGAGCUCAGUCACAAUGUGGCUGAGGUCCAUGAAUUACAGCUAGAACUGGAGAAGGUCACCACAGAACAGCUCUCGCUGAUGCAGGAGCAGAAUGACCUCAUCAAGAAGCAGAAACGUAGCGAUAAAUAUUUCUCAGCAAAGGCUCGCAGCCUGUCCCUGCUUGGGAUGCAGCCCGUGGAAGAGGAGGAUGGCGGGAUGUCAGAAGGAAGUGGCGAUGAUGCAUCCGAGGACAUGACUUCAAACUCCAGUCUCGCGCCAUCUCCAUGCCCUUCCGACAUUCCCAGUACGUUCAGACCCUGCCAGAGCAAAACGAAGCAGAUGAUUCAGUUGGCACUGAUUGAUGAGGGGCUUCGGGUGGCACAGCAACAUGCCUCACCCAGUACUGAGGAGAGCGAGAGGAUCAGUCCCAGAAUCAAACAGGAGGCUUUUUCUGAAGAUGAAGAGAAUUACAAGGAAGAGUCUGAUGUUACAUCAAAUCGCAACUCAUGAACUUUUGUUUAGUGACUAGACAUUUUUAAAAACGCAACGGAUUAGGUUUCUUUUUUAAUUCAUUCAGGUACAAAAGUAUUUAUUCAUUUUUUUCUAAUUAAUAAACAUCUUUUUUUUAUUGUGUAACUUUGCGUGUCUUUUUGGAGUAUUUUGAAAUUAUUUCUGUAUAUACUGACGUUUGCUAAACCAGCAAUCGAACAGUUAGAAACAGUUCCUUUUUUAUUACACACAGAUUCAGGAAUUACAGUAUUGUUUUUGCGUUUUUUUUAGUUUCUGUCACUAUAAGUCUAUGUCAUUCUGCAAUUGUCUGGUUUCAGACAGCAAUAACACAAUAAAUAUUUACUGCUUUGUGAAAUUU